GAAUGCUAUUUAUUUCAGUAAUUCUAUAGAUAUGAGAACUAUUUUGAAAAAAUCGGGAAUUCUUCAUAUAGUUAUCAUAGUAACUUUAUUGUCAGUUGGACAUGCAAAAAGCUCAUACCUUAUCCUAGCACCAAAACAAGUACAACCUGGAAUAGACUUUGAUAUUAGUGUGACUAUAUUGAAUGCCUCUAGUGAUGUCACGGUUAAAGCUAAGUUGGUCACCACUAUUAAUAGUUCAUUUAUUAGUCAGACAUCAGGAACAUUUAAAAGAGAGUCUACGAACCAAUUAAGUCUACAUGUUCCAGAUUUUUUGGAAGAAGCUUGUAAGCUUAUUAUAACAGGAAUUGGAGGCUUGUCUUUCAAGGAAGAGACAUAUAUGUCAUACCGUGCUAGAAUUGUAUCUUUGUUUAUCCAAACUGAUAAGGGAAUAUACAAAGCAGGACAAACAAUUAACUUUCGAGUAUUUGCCUUAUACACCGACCUCAAGGUGUAUUAUGGUCCUUUUACUAUCUUUAUGCAUGAUCCUAAAGGAAAUUUGAUAAAACAGUGGCGAAAUGUCAGCCAUGACAGUGGAGUUUAUACUGGUUCCAUGGUGAUGACAGAUAACCCUGUACUUGGUGACUGGACAAUUAAGACAACAUCACACGGAGUUUCUUCAAACAGGACAGUUAUGGUUGACCGAUACGUUUUACCAAAGUUUGAAGUGACAGUCCAUCUUCCUUCUUUCAUCUUAACGAACGCUUCUCAAGUUCAGGGAAUUGUCGAGGCAAAAUAUAGCUAUGGAAAACCAGUAAGUGGUUAUGUCGAGAUAGAGGCCAACCUACGUUAUUCCUACAGUUCAUGGAACUAUCAAGGAUCUAAAGCAAUUAUCAGAUUACAUAAUAUAACAAUAGGGUCGGAUGGAAAGGCGAGGUUUGUUAUACCAAUGGCCACCAUAAGAACCAGUUUUGGGAUAUCAACUGGUCAGUACUUGGUUGUUAAAGCCAAUGUUACUGAGACCCUGACUGAUAUUACUUUUUCCGUUUCCGAAGAAGUUCCAUUUAGUGAUCAGGCCAUAAAAAUACUGUUCCUACCAACUACAAAAACUACAUUUAAACCAGGUCUUCCAUAUAAAAUAGACGCUCAACUAACAGAAAUUGAUGGCUCGCCUAUCACAUCUUAUGCACAAGGCAUUUUACAAAUCAAAGUAUUCUCCAAAGAAACGAUUCCAUCGACUACACCUCAAUACUACUACGGUCCUUCCAUACACAGCUACACUUUAAGUGACAUUCAUUUGAAUGUCUCCACAGCAGGAAUCAUAUCAGAAUUAAUUGAUAUACCAGAUAAUGCUACUAAAAUCCAAAUAACGAUUUCCUUCGACAAUAUUGCGAAAUAUAUGGAGGUUCAAAAAUAUCUCUCAGCAAGCAACAGUUUUAUUCAACUAAAUGUACAAUCUAAACAAAUUAUGACAGGUGAUAAAGUAGAAUUCAGCAUUCAGUCAACAAGACCUUUAUCAUCAGUUGUUGUUCAGCUUUUAGUUCAUGGAAAUAUUCUAUAUUCCAACAUAAUCAAUGGUACGCAACAGAAAACAAUUAAUUUUAGUAUAACUAUUUCCAAAAACAUGGGUCCCGAGUGUACUGUGAUUGCUUACUUUGUUCGUCAAGAUGGUGAAAUCGUUAUCGACCAUGCAUUGAUACAUGUUGGUAGUAUUUUUGGAAACCAGGUCUCUAUAAGGUUUAACAAAUCAGAGGCCAAACCAGGAGAUAAUGUGACAAUAAGUAUUGCUGCAGACCCUAGUUCCUAUAUAUACAUGCUCGUUGCUGAUGAAAGUUCUUCAUACCUUCGUGAAGGAAAUGAUAUCACAGAAGAACAAGUUAUAAAUAAUCUGCAGUUAAGUGAUAGGAGGUUUGACAAUAUUAAUUAUGCGUGCGUAUUCUUGGGUUCAUCAUUUAACAUAAUGACAGAUGAUGUAGACUUCGACAAUUCCCACAUGCAAUGCCAUAACUGCGAGGAUAAAAUUUCCAACUGUGCACUCUAUGAUUAUACAGUCUGCACAGAUCCACAAUAUACAGCAUGGACGGUGGAGUAUUGCCAGAGAACAUGUUUUAAAUGUCAGAUAAUAAGAGAAAUACAGUCUUUUCAAGACAAUUAUUGCAGAGAUAGAAACCCGAAAUGUAUAGAAUAUGAAAAAUCUGUAUGCACUGCGUACCGAUCAUGGGCACUGGACAAUUGUGUAAGAUUUUGUGGAAAUUGCAUGAGUGCACAACCUGGAACAGGGACAAGUGCAUUUAUUGGGUCAGGGACGGGUACAUUGACUGGCUUAGGGACAGGUAGUGGAACGACGACUGGUGGAUCCAUUACAGGAAACACUAAUCCAUUUUUUAAACCUGUUAAAAGAACUCGAAAAAGAUUUCCAGAAACAUGGAUGUGGUCAUCUCACUUAACUGGAAUUGAUGGUCACCUUAAUAUCACAUCUGUCCUACCUGAUACUAUUACUUCAUGGGUGGCCAGUGCUUUUGUAGUAAACAAACUUACAGGGUUCAGCUUAAGUACCUCUGCUGCAAAGAUUGUGGGAUUCAAGGACUUUUUUAUCAGUCUCAAUUUGCCGUACUCUGUUAUCAGAGGGGAAGAAGUCGCCUUGCAAGUUAAUCUGUUUAACUACCAAAAUACGAACAUGUCGGUUUUGAUUGUUCUGAAGAAGAAUGACGACUUCCAAAAUGUUGUAAGAACAGUAAAUGGAACACAACAGUUGAUUUUCUCAACAACCCAGUCGGAGAAUACAUUUGUAUGUACAUUUAAUUCUGAUGAUGGUUAA